AUGCUCCCUCCACAUAUCAUCAAGGGUGAUCUUAUCACGGCGCAGUAUGGCCUGCCACCGCUGAAGAUACUUCUGUUGCUGGAGUUCCUAUCUGGAAAGCUCAGCGUCGCUAAAUUCAGUAACAGCAUUGGCACAGUCCGUAACACGUUCCAUCAGAAUGAGAUGCCCCGUUGGCAGUGUGAUCCCUUUCACCCGUUACCGACUAACCCCACUGUUCCUACCAACUCCAGUCCCCGUAGCAUCCAUCUUGGCCUGACGGGCGGUGGCGGCGGAAGGCUUGUGCUGGUUCGGGUCGGUAGAACGGAUACCCCUCCUCUAAAUCGCCCGGGUGCAUCUCAUUCUGCGAUUCAUCCUGUUCCAGAUCGACUCGCCCACCUUGAUAGUUUGGACGACUGGAUUCGAGCCUACCUCAUACACCCCACGCAGACUCAUCGUGAAGAGCCAGGUGAUGUCGGCUACACAGAGCAGUGGGAGCAGAUCCGGACCACCGUCGGCAAGCUUGUACCAACGCUGAAAGAUCAAUCACGCUGGACAGACAUUCCAUACAAAUCAUGGGAUAAUACCGAUGAGAAUCUCGAUAAUCCAUCCGGAACCGCAGGGAAGAAUCUUUUUAAAUACGACCCAGCUCAUAAGAUCGGGAAUGCCAGACGCAGCAUUACGCGGCGCUAUAGGUUGAGAACGAGAAGACGCCGUACCAUAGUGACCAGUGCAAAUGGGAAUAAUAAUUACUUUAUCGUGGGCGACCUUAGCCAGUAUAUCACGGAUGGAGUCCCUACACCUCCCCUUACGGGGUCUACGAUUGAAGUUACUGCGGUGGGUGACCCAGCAGAAAAUGGGCUCUUAGUAUACCUAUCUCCGGAUAUGGAGACCAGCCUGAAGUCUACCAUGGAUAGCAACUGCACGACAAAAGUUAAUACAGGGUGCUACCAAGCUGUCAUGGACGUCCUUGAGGGCGCCAAUAAAGUUCUUCAAUCCCGCAAUCUGGAGCAACGCGGGCUAGAGGAGUUGGUGAUACGGGCCGGUGAACACGUGGUCCUGGUGCCCAUCAAACUUCCCCCGAAGCAACUCGAAGACUCUAUUCCAAUCGAAACCGCUACCGCCAUCGUCGUCGUAACUGACAACAUCACGCCGCAGACGACCGUUACGGUUCCUCCAGAGCAGGAUAAGGUGACUGGCUCUCCUGCCAUGAUUAGGACCUUUGCGAGUUCCGGAAAUGGCGCCAGCGCGGGAGACGUAGGAAUCGAGCUAGACCCGGCGGUGGCAGCGCACCUUCAAGCGCUGUUAGCUGGCUCGAACACUAGCAACUGCGAUUUGAGCGACGAGUUCUUCAACCCGAUCCGUAUUCGCCAGCUAGACUUAUCCAACAUCAUCUGUGGCGUUGAGACCAUCCUCGCCGAUGGGAUCGGCCAGGGCGGGUAUCCCGACUGGCUCCUCAUGAACCCGGCAAGGCUGCCGUGGACCGAACCGGAAGUAGUGGCAGCGGUGAACACCGUGGUGCGAUGGGCGCUCAACCAGGCUGCCUCACUGAACCCGACGAUCACCGAAACUCAGCUCCACGGCUUGGCGUUCGGUGCCUUCGCUAUCUCGUGGGUCUACUUCAACAACGGGGCUAUCAUGGCAAACAACGCGGUCCCCUCGGCGUCGCUACGCGGUGGUCCUAGUGCCACCGCGUGCGCACAGCAGACGGCGUUACAAUGCGGUGCGGAGUGUGGCGUGUUCGCGUGGGGCGCCUCAAUUCGACUGCACUACGGCCUGCACGGCCGUCACAAGCUGCGACACCCAGCCAGCGCUCACCACGACCGUCACGACCACCAAGACCGCCUCCGGCCCCUCACCGACGGGGGAUUCUUCAGGUGGCAAAGGGCAGCAGAUCGCGGUGGCGUCGUACAUGAAUCCGCUCGCAGACCCAGCGGCCUGGGAUCGGCUGAUCGUGUAUCCUGUGGAGAAGAUGCCCAUAUCACCCGGAUAAACCCCUCUGUUGCCAUUAUCUUGCAAACUUUAUAA